CAAAGGCUGAGAGGACACAAUCAGCGAUGGCAUCCGCAUCUGGAGUCGUUGUCGUAGGCAUGGGUUCGGUAUAGAGCGAGCGCGACUGGGCAUUGCGGAGUUUGUAGUGGGGAGCUCUCGGGGGUGCCGCAAGCGAGCGUCGUUGUGACCCUCGUCGUUCCAGAGCUCCGUUCCUGCCACACUCGACCGCAGAUACCCUGUCACGCCCUCUGCUCACUAAGACAGCCCGUGUAGACAUUCCUUCACGUAUAGCCUUGUUACUUCCCUCUCCCACCAUGCAAGCCUUUGGUGAGCCAUGCCCACGCUCCGGCGUUCCGUCGCUUUCGCGGCUCAAACGCUCACCAUCCCAGUACCUAAGAACCGACGAGUAAGGGACGCCUUAUACUACAGAAUAAUCGAUCUCAAUAACGUCCCACUCGUCUCGGGCAAGUCCUUCAUAAAGUGGCACCUUUCCCACUCGACCGCUGCUGAACACCGCGGCCGUACCGAGAGUUGUCCAGUCAGAGACCACAGAGUCAUCUACAACUACUCCAUCUCACUCCCCGUCCGGCUCACGGUAGACAAGAAUGGCAUGCUACAAGAGAGCUGCGCUGAGUUCGAGGUCCUUCAGGAAUAUGAUGGCGGCUCUGGCAGGGGCCAACGGAUUACAUUGGGACACGUGAAGCUCAAUCUGGCAGAGUACGUGGAGCAGAGCGAAUUGGCGGCUGCCGCGGGCGAAGACCCAGGGGUCACGAGGAGGUAUCUCAUGCAAGACAGCAAAAUCAACAGCACGCUCAAGCUGGGGAUAUACAUGAAGCACACAGAGGGCGACAAGAAUUUCGUUGCGCCUGCAUUGAAGACGGCGCAGGUCUUCAGCGGCAUCGCAGGGAUCAUGGCGGGCGAGCAGGCAGAGAUGGAGGAUCCUGGAGCUGCACCUACUUUGACCAACAGCUCUCGCGAGGCCGGUGAGCUCCAGGACAUGUACAGGCGCACCCUCGCCGCAUACUGGUCGGCGCAACCCGGCGAGCUCAAAGCAGACGAAUGUAUCGAGGACAUCUUCGCCGGCGGAAACGGUUGGGGCGAUCGCGAGAAGCCACACUCACCGCAGCAGCGGAACCCAGGCCUGCGAUUCGUGGCAGGCGACAGUAGUGGAUCUGUGAGCGAAAGCGAGCCAAGGCACGCGCGAGGGAGCAGCGGCGUGCAUCGCAAAUCGCACGAGACGCUGCGCCCGGGUGAUAUGAGUUUGGGUUCUCCAAACAUGCGCGGUAGAGUAAGUCUGGAGCAGCAGGCAUCUCAGAUGAAGGCUGAGGCGGCUCGGCAACGACAUCGCCCGCAUCAUGAGGUGGAUGAAUUUGACAUGCGGGAGGACUUGUGCAGUUGGCGGCGACCCAUAUAG